AGCGACGGCUUCCGGUUCCGCUACGCGUCCGUCACGCAGCGCGGCUUCUACCCGCACGACCGCAAGAAGGCGAACCAGGAUUCGUUCGUCAUCGCCCACAACGUGGGCCACAAGAGCCACCAUUUCUUCGGCGUCUUCGACGGCCACGGCCCCACGGGCGACGCCUGCAGCCUCUUUGCGUGCGAGAACAUCAAGAAGAUCGUCGUCGAGAAGGUCAAGGGCCAGUCCGCGAACGUGCCCGCCGCGCUCACGGACGCCUACGAGAAGGCGAACCGCCGCCUGAAGAAGUCGCCCCACGACGACUCGCUGAGCGGCACGACGGCCAUCUGUGUCUUCUCCUCCGGCCGCAAGCUCUACGUCGGCAACGUCGGCGACUCGCGCGCGAUGCUCGGCACGUCCCUGGGAGCCGUCGCGCUGAGCCACGACCAGACGCCCUUCUCCAAGGUCGAGCGGGACCGCAUCAAAAAGUGCGGCGGCCGCAUCAUGUCCGCGGACCAGGUCGACGGCAUCGUGCCCUACCACGAGAACUGGGACUGCAAGCUCGGCGAGGAGCUCGACGACGACGGCGACCCGCCGCGCGUCUGGAACCAGGACCUCGAGUACCCGGGCACGGCGUUCACGCGGUCCAUCGGCGACUCGCUCGCGGAGACGCUGGGCGUCAUCGCGACGCCGGAGAUCCGGGAGCACGAGAUCACGGCCGACGACCACGUGCUCAUCAUCGCCUCCGACGGCGUCUUCGAGUUCAUCACGAACACGGACUGCGUCCGCAUCGCGCUGCUCUACAGCGACCCGCUCGACAGCUGCAAGGCCCUCGUGGGCGAGGCCCUGCGCGAGGCCUACAAGCGGUGGAUGAAGCGCGAGGAGCGCACGGACGACAUCACGUGCAUCGUCGCCUUCAUCGAG